UAACUUUUUCUAGUUAUUUCACUUUCACACCCCGCCAAGUUAUGGCAACCGUACACUUCAAUAUCCUUUCUAUCUUGCUUCUUAUAGUUGCAUUCCCUUAUACAGAAGCUGAUUAUAAUAUUGUUCCAAAAACAACAGAGAAGAAAAUAGAGGUGGUGGUGGAAUCCAUAGUGUACUGUCAAAGUUGUGAGCACCUUGGAACAUGGUCAUUGAAUGGAGCAAAGCCAAUUCCUUCAGCAAAAGCAAGUGUAACCUGCAAUAGCCAUAAGGGUCAUGUUAGCUACUACAAGGUCUUUGAGACAGAUAAAAAUGGUUACCUAUAUGCACCACUUGAAGGGUUCAAGAUGGAGAAUUAUCUACUUGAUCACCCUCUGCACUCUUGUUAUGUUAAGCCUAUUUGGUCCCCGCUUGAGAGUUGUAACCUUCUCUCAAAUUUGAAUUAUGGUCUGAAUGGCGCUUUGCUUCGAUUCGAGAACAAGAGAUUGCGUGGAAGCAAAUAUGAGGCAGUUAUCUAUGCUGCAGGACCGUUGGCUUUCCGUCCCUCUGACUGUGCCCAGGUUCACUACUAGGAUCUAGUUGCGGGUUGAAGUUUUGUCAAAGAACAAAAUAAACGGGGGAAAAGUUUCCUUUACACUUCAAGGCUUCCCUUUCUUCCAAAUUCUCCAAAAUCAAAACUCAACUCAAAAACACUUUUUUAAUGUAUCAAACAAUUAGUCAAUUACCCUUGACCCAAGCAUUCAUAUAUGCUUCAUCAAGUUUUCUCUUCUCCCACCCCCCCUCUUCUGUUUUUUCCCUCUUGGUUUAUCUUUGCUUGUAAUAUUCAAUAUGUAAAGUAGAGA